GGCUGUGCGGAGCUCAGAGCUGGAUGUGUAUGGACAGUUCUCUGCUGCCAGGGAGCCGGAGGAUUCUGCAAGCCAACCAAGUGGACGGUGUCCCUUGUGAAAAGGAUGCUCGGUGCAUUGCUGCUGCAUAGGGAUUUUAUUGUGAUGAUCGCUGGCAGACAGUUGGUAAACUUGUCUGUUUUGGCAAAAGGAAUCUUCUUACAGAAUUUUUUUGCAUUAUCCCGAGAGCAUCUUCAACUUCCAUCCCCCCGCUAGCCAUUUUUUUUUUUUUAUUUUGCUGCUCUCUUGUAUGCAUGGAUUAUUUUUUGCACUUUAUGGCUUCUUUUGGAAACUGUUACAGGAUCUCUUGCAGCUCGACACAACAAGGAAAGUGCUUUCCGGGCAAGAUUUUCUCCAUGUGUCCUGAUCUGGAGGAAGGUAUGAAAAUGAUACCCUUGCACCUCAUCUAAGUGGCUUUCUUGGCAACUUUUUGGAUUCCUUGCAUUCUUCGGUAGUGUAAGGUGGAGGGGAGAUGCUUGCGGAAGAGUGCAAGGCAUUACUAGAUGCUCUCAAUAAGGUGGCAGCAUGCUACAGGCAUCUUGUGCUCACCAUAGGUGGGACGUCCGACUCCCAGAACCUCCGGGAGGAGCUGAAGAAGACCAGGCGGAAAGCCCAAGAGUUGGCUGUGGCCAACAGGAACAAACUGACCGGCACGCUCAAGGACACCAGCCUGAGCAAGGAUGAAAAAGCAGAGUUUGAGAGACUAUGGGUCAUAUUCUCCACCUGCAUGGACAUCCUAGAGACCGACAUGAGAAGAGCUUUGGAGCUUGGGCAAGAGUUCCCAUUAAACCUCCCCAAAAAGCACCUGAUACAGACUGGCAUGAGCGGUGGCACGUCCGGGGUGGCCGCCAGGGCCAUGAGCGUCCAGAACAUGAAGUACGACGCCGAGCACAACAUCGAUGUCGUGGACCUCAAGGACCUGGAGAAUGAGAUCAAUCAAGUGGGCGAAAUGAUGUACGAGAUGGAGAUGAAAGUCAGCGUGCCGCAAUGGACCGUGGAGGCCAAGCAGAACCCCGGCGCCGAGCUCAAGCUUGCCACCGGUGCCGAGGUGUCCUCGCCGGGCACCAUCUCGAUGGAAGAGCGUAAAACCAUCUGCGACCUAAGCAAAAUCCUGGCCAUCGUGGUCUUCAGUGCCGUUCUCCUGAUCGCGGUCGUACUAGCUGUUUGCGUUGUCAAACUUUCGUAAGACUUGGUUUGGGGAUGGUUCUUGGUGGCACUAAAGUAUUUUAUUUAUUUUGCGCUCUGCCAAACAUUUUAUUGCUUUUUUUGAGUACGUAUCACGUGGAUCUCUCACCCAACAAAACUGGAAAGCAAUGGACCAGUCAAGCCAUUCACAGAGUAACAGUUCGUAAGACGUGGUUUGGGACGGUUCUUGGUGGCACUAAAGUAUUCAUUUAUUUUACGUUCUGCCAAACAUUUUCUUCUUUUGAGUACGUAUCACAUGGAUCUCUCACCCAACAAAACUGGAAAACAAUGGACCAGUCAAGCCGUUCAACGAGUAACAGUUCGUAAGACUUGACUUGGUUUGGGGACGGUUCUUGAUGGCACAAAAGUAUUUUAUUUAUUUCGCGUUCUGCCAAACAUUUUAUUGCUUUUUUUUGAGUACAUAUCACAUGGAUCUCUCACCCAACAAAACUGGAAAACAAUGGACCAGUCAAGACGUUCACCGAGUAACAGUUCGUAAGACUUGACUUGGUUUGGGACACUUGGUUUGGGACGGUUCUUGGUGGCACUUAUUUAUUUUGCAUCCUGCCAAACAUUUCAUUGCUUCUUUUGAGUACGUAUCACAUGGAUCUCUCACCCAACAAAACUGGAAAACGAUGGACCAGUCAAGCCAUUCACCCAGUAACAGUUCGUAAGACUUGACUUGGUUUGGGACACUUGGUUUGGGACGGUUGUUGGUGGCACUUAUUUAUUUUGCAUCCUGCCAAACAUUUCAUUGCUUCUUUUGAGUACGUAUCACAUGGAUCUCUCACCCAACAAAACUGGAAAACGAUGGACCAGUCAAGCCAUUCACCCAGUAACAGUUCGUAAAACUUGACUUGGUUUGGGACACUUGGUUUGGGACGGUUCUUGGUGGCACUAAAGUAUUUAUUUAUUUUGUAUCCUGCCAAACAUUUCAUUGCUUCUUUUGAGUACGUAUCACGUGGAUCUCUCACCCAACAAAACUGGAAAACAAUGGACCGGUCAAGCCAUUCACCCAGUAACAGUUCGUAAGACUUGACUUGGUCUGGGACGGUUCUUGGUGGCACUAAAUUACUUAUUUAUUUUGCGUCCUGCCAAACAUUUCAUUGCUUCUUUUGAGUACGUAUCACGUGGAUCUCUCACCCAACAAAGCUGGAAAACGAUGGACCAGUCAAGUCAUUCACCGAGUAACAGUUCAACAACUAUCUUUCAAUAGAUCCCUGAAGAACUACUGCUGCUCAAACCCUAACCCUUACAAUUGUUCUGUAGACCUUGAUUUCUUACCGUCUGCACCAGCAACCGGAAGGUGUAAAGGAAGGAUGUGACUAAACAACGGUCAGUUUUCUGAAGAAGAAUGAGAAAG